CUUGAGUGACGUGACAGGGAGCAAAAGGCCAGCGGGCUCAGCUGGAGAGGGCCUGUUGGUGCUGGGGGCCUGUUUAUCUGCGAAGCUGAGGUCCGUUUUCUUAAGACAUGAAGGAAGACAAGGAGAAUACCAAACCCAGGGAGAAGAAGGUGGAGGUCAAAUAUGAGGAAAGGGCAGAGAAACCCGAAAAGAAGGAGAAGAAGGAGGUCUUGACCAAGGUGGUGAUCCGUCGUUUGCCUCCAACUCUGACAAAAGAGCAGUUAGAAGAGCAACUUGCCCCUUUGCCUGAACAUGAUUACUUUGAAUUUUUCUCUACCAAUUCAAGUUUGUUUCCUCAUGUCUUUUCGAGAGCAUACAUCAACUUUAAAAAUCAGGACGACAUUGUCCUCUUCAGGGAUCAAUUUGAUGGCUAUGUUUUCAUUGAUAGCAAAGGGCAGGAGUACCCUGCGAUUGUAGAAUUUGCACCCUUUCAGAAAAUUCCAAAAAAGAAGAGCAAGAAAAAAGAUGCAAAAGUGGGAACUGUUGAAGAUGGUAUGGAUCCUAUACAUUUUAGUGAUGAUCCUGAAUAUAAAAAGUUCUUGGAGAGUUAUAAUAAUGCAGAUGAUGAGAGAAAUUCAAACAAUCCUGAAACACUUUUGGAGGAAAUUGAAGCUAAAACUAAAGAGUUAGCAGCUAAGAAAACCACACCCCUUUUGGACUAUGUGAAAAAUAAACAGAGAAUAAGAGAGGAGAAAAGAGAAGAAAGGAGACGAAGAGAGUUGGAAAAGAGGCGACUCCGUGAAGAAGAAAAGAGAAAGUGGAGAGAGGACGAAAGACGGAAAAGGAGAGAAGCGGAGAAGCAAAAGAAGAUGUUAGAAAAAGGAUUUGAAAAAGACAAGGACAGAUCAAAGGAUGAGCCAAAGAUAAAACUUCUGAAGAAGGCAGAUAAAGGGGAUGACUCCUCCAGUGUAGAAAAGCCAAGGGAGAAAGUGAAGAAACUGGAGAGAGAGCGAGCUAAAGAGGACAGACCAUUCACUGGACAGGGUAAACGCCUGGAGAGCACCAUCAAAGAAGAUAAAGGAAAGAAGCAUGACAGGGUUGAAGAUGACAGUGGAAGAGAUUACCGGGAUAAAGAGGAUCGGGAGCGUGAGAGAAGGCUAAAGGACAAAGAACGUCGGAAACGGCAGGAGGAAGAACGAUGGAAGCCGAGGGAGCGAUGUGAGGCAGACAAAUCUUUCAGAAAAAAGGAGGAAGAGAUUAAGAAGGAAAAUGAUCAAACAAGCGAGAAGACCAGGAAGAAGGAAAGCUCAGAAGCUGCAUCAAGUUAUGACCGGUUGGAGAGAGGAAAAGAGGAGAAGAAGGAGGAUGGCACAGCAAAGAAGGAACGAAUCCGAAAUAAGGACCGACCAACAAUGCAGCUGUACCAGCCAGGAGCACGGAGUCGCAGCCGGUUAAUGACCAGUUCAAAGUCUAAUGACAGCAGCAUAAAGUCACCAGAAGCAAGUGAGGAGAAAAAGGAGGAAUUUGAGUCUUCCAGGAAUAUUGCAGAAAAGGAGAGUGAAGAAUGAAAAGGCUGCUGCUAAUUCAAGGGUUGAGCAGUCGCAGCACACUAACCAAGUGUAGGGAAGUCCAAAAGUGUGCUUAUUGGAGAGGAGUUCAGAGAACGAGGCUGGUGUGGAUUUCUUGUCAGAUAAAAUGUUUGAAACUGGUAAUUUCCCUAUUUUAAGAAUGGAGGUCUUGUUUUGCCAUCAUGAUUGUGACCAGGCACUAAAGUGCAAGAAUAUUGUGAUUUGAAGGUUAACUGGGAUGUAAAUUAGACAUUGCACUUGCUAGACAGGUGCAAAUGAUUCUGAAAAUAUACUCGUCAACAGCUUUGAUAUGAUAUUAAUGACACACCCCAUCAUUUGCUUCAGUAGGCAGAUGUCAAAUAAAGAAAAUGCUCUGUCAGCUACAGCAGAAUUAUACCAGCAAAUGCUAGUAACUUACUUAGGUCGUAAGUUUAAAAUAUGUUUGGUGCACCAUUUACUGAUUUAUAGCAUGGGAGACCAAAUUCUUAGUGGCCUUAUCAACCUUUCCACUUGCAGAAUGAAUGAAAAGACCUAGUGGGAAUGUGGAGGAAAUGGACAAAGUAGCAUUGUUUUUCACAUUUGUCAUACUUGCUGCAUUUUACGGUUAGUCUUGUCCAAGUUUCAGUCGCAAUUUGUAUUGAAAGCGCUGUGUGGAAGUGAUGUAAUUUUUCUGUUCCACUCUUCUACCCUUUAGAAGUUUCGUUAUUAGGUUACUGAUAUUUGUGGGAAAAGCUUGGAAAAUUCUAACUUUGUUCACUUCUUGUGCCAAUCUAGUUUUUUUUUAAAAUCCUAUCAGAUCAUCCAGCUAUUUAUAAAAUACAUACUAACUUACUGGAAAAUAGUUGGAAGUUAUUCUUCAUCAAAAAUUUUGCUUUCAACACGUCUUUCAUUCAUGGCACUAUUCAUUACCUUUGAAAAUAUGGCAGUCAUUGGCCAUCCAGCAGAGGGUGCUGAUAACACAGAAACGUGGAGUUUUUAAAUAUUGAUGUUUAACCUUCUGGAAACCUGUUUGGAUGGAUAGGCAUGUGUGCACUUUUUAUUCAAUAAAGGUACUGAAAUUGUGGUCCAGUUUGGAGCAGAAAAUUAAUUUUGAGGGCAGAGUGGGUUGCAGUGCAGUGAUUUUCUUGGGGAAAGAGAGAAAGGAAGUUGGUUCAGUAGCCAGUUUUAUUUUGAAGAUUUUACUUGUGAAGAGUGAACUAGCUUUGGAUCAUGUAGUUAAAACGAGCAGGCACAUAUUAAGCCUGUUUCUUGAUUCCUGAUUUGUUACAUUGCUGGAUUUUUAUGCUUUUAUUUAGAAAUGUCUGGAUGUUGCACAUAUGUUCAGAGUCCGAGAACGUGUAAGAAUCAAAAACAAAUUAAACUAAGAACAGUGAGCACUGUUGGCUUUACUUUUGUGCAGCAUCAAAAGAUUACUAAGUACAUUCCAAUUGUAUAAUUGUUGAAACAAUUCUUUCAGUAGGAAGUUUUGCUACUUUGAUCCUCGGAGCUCUGCUUUUGCUUUAUUUCCAUGCAUUGUUUAUGUUUUCAACAGUGUUGAACACUUGCAAUC